GCUGUCACAGCAGCUGCGCUAUCUGGAUUAACGGCGCUGAGGAGGCGACCGGUGAGGAGGGCGAGGAUCAGCGGGACCGAGCAGCGUGUCGUUGUGAGUGACCGGGCGACCGCUCUGCUGGGACGCUGCGUCGUCUUUAUUCAGAAACUUUUAUUUUAUUCUCCAUUCACUUUUUUUUCUAUAUGGUGGAUGAGCGGUGUAAAUAUAGACUGGGAGACAUAAAGAGAGAAAUAGAAGGAAGAGCUGGGAGCUCGUGUCGGUAAAGUAAAAUCCAAAAAUCUAUCACUGAGGGGGUUUAACAUUUUACACUAAGCGAAGGGACGCUGCGGUUGUGGGUUUUUUCAAUAUCCAAUAACGAAAAUCCACUGGAAAUGUGUCGGAAUUGUUAGACCUCGCUGGCUUUCGCUUGGGAUAUUUCCUCUUGUGGUGGAAUUUUUUUUCCCUGCUUCACCUGCGCGAGGACGGCGACCGGCGGGAAACGGAGAAUAAGAAGGGAGCGAGGAAGAGACAGAGAGAGGGAGGACGCACCGUCGGUCGGAAAAACAAGAAGAGGAGCUGAAGAAAAUAAUUUAGAAAGCAGUGGUUAACGGGGGGAGACGAAGAGGCGGGGGUUCAUUUGAGUUCCCCUCGGAUGGGAUUCCUCUCUCCGCCUGCGGACGGAGGGAUGAGUCUAGGAGAAAAAGACGGAGUGAGAGAGAAGAGGAGGAUGUAGUCGUCGGGCGCUGUGAGAAUGCAAAACGGACGCACCCCUUCGGAAGCUAGGAUUGAACUAUAAACCCGUACGGAUUUUACAGCCACCCAAGGAAUGUUACACCUUUACCUCAGUAUCUAAUAUAUGGCCCGUCAGCUCUUACCUGGAACCUAUUUGUCUGGAGUUACAAGUAUAUUCCCCUCUACUGUUUUAACGAUGGGAUCUGGAGACAUAGCUGAGCCCUGACACUCGGCGAAGGCGCUGUUCCCAGAAAGAGUGGGUGAAAAAAGAAGAACUUGGACGUCCACCAUCCUUUAUGAUGUUAUAGCUGUGGUAACAUGUGAUUCCUGAAGAGAGGUGUCCGUUUUUAUAUCUCAGAAGGUGUUGUGUCCAGGAGGGGUGGUAAUCAUGGAGAGGCUGUUGCUAUGUGUGAUGCUAGUAGUUGCCAUGGCAGUGCGGGCACAAAUCUGCCCAAAGCGAUGUGUAUGUCAGAUCCUGUCACCCAACCUGGCAACCCUCUGUGCCAAGAAAGGUCUGCUGUUUGUACCACCCAACAUUGACAGGCACACGGUGGAACUACGGCUGGCUGAUAACUUUGUCACGAGUGUUAAAAGGAAAGACUUUGCAAACAUGACACGGCUGGUGGACUUAACGCUAUCCAGAAACACCAUCUCCUUCAUUACGCCUCAUGCCUUUGCUGAUCUGGAAAACCUCAGAGCCCUACAUCUCAACAGCAACCGGCUGACAAGAAUAGGCAAUGAUACGUUCAGUGGGAUGUCAAAACUUCACCACCUCAUUCUGAACAACAACCAGCUGGUGAUGAUCCACCAGGGAGCAUUCAAUGACCUGCUGGCGCUGGAAGAAUUGGACCUCAGUUACAAUAACUUGGACUCAAUUCCAUGGGAGGCCAUCCAGAAAAUGAUCAGCCUUCAUACGCUGAGUUUAGAUCACAACAUGCUCGACUUCAUUCCGGAGGGAACUUUUUCUCUUCUACAGAAGCUCAACCGACUUGACGUCACAUCUAAUAAACUCCAAAAGCUGCCGCCGGAUCCUCUUUUUCAGCGAGCACAGGUUCUGGCAACUUCAGGGGUCCUGACCUCUUCUGCUUUUGCCCUGUCAUUUGGGGGGAAUCCUCUCCACUGUAACUGUGAGUUACUGUGGCUGCGACGGCUCAACAGAGAGGACGACCUAGAGACAUGUGCCUCGCCCCACCACCUCUCCGGGCGCUACUUUUGGUCCAUCCCCGAGGAGGAGUUCUUGUGUGAACCGCCCCUCAUCACCAGAUACUCCCAUGAGAUGAGGGUGCUGGAAGGACAAAGAGUCGCACUCAGGUGUAAGGCGAGAGGUGAUCCAGAGCCAGCAAUCCACUGGAUCUCCCCUGAGGGCAAACUGGUGUCCAACUCCUCCAGGACGCUGGUUUACAACAACGGGACUCUAGACAUUCUCAUCAGCACCGUGAAAGACACCGGCUCCUUCACCUGCAUCUCAUCCAACCCCGCUGGUGAAGCCCACCAGACUGUAGAACUGGUGAUCAUAAAACUCCCCCACAUUUCCAACAACACCAACAACAUCCAAGAGCCCGACCCGGGAUCGUCUGACAUAUCCACGUCAACCCGCGGCGGGGCCAGCGGCAGCAAUGUCACGGGUGACGUGAAAAGCGGAGCGGACAAGAGGGUGGUGACGGCCGAAGCCACGUCGUCAACUGCACUGAUCAAGUUCAACUUCCAGAGGAAUAUUCCCGGCAUCAGGAUGUUCCAGAUACAGUACAACGGAAGCCAGGAUGACUCGCUGGUCUAUAGAAUGAUCCCCCCAUCUAGCAAGAACUUCCUGGUCAACAACCUGGCGGCGGGCACCCAGUACGACCUCUGCGUGCUGGCCAUCUACGAUGAUGUCAUCACCUCGCUGACGGCAACGCGCGUUGUCGGCUGUGUGCAGUUCAGCACGGAGUCGGAGUACAUGAGGUGUCACUUUAUGCAGUCGCAGUUCCUCGGCGGGACCAUGAUCAUCAUCAUUGGAGGGAUAAUAGUGGCCUCGGUGCUCGUUUUCAUCAUCAUCCUGAUGAUACGGUACAAGGUGUGUAACUCUGGCGAGGGCGGUAAAGGCGUCUCACUGUCAAUGACCAACGUCCACUCGCAGACCAAUGGGCAGCAGUCGCAGGGCUGCUCCGUGACUCCCAGCGCCUCCAAGCACGGCUCCGUCGGAUUAGACGACCUCUCAGGGGGCGCGAAGAAACGGAGCGGAGCAGCAGCAGGAGGAGGAGGAGGAGGAGGUGUGGGCAAGGACACGAUGACUCAGUCAUCCGAGUCAUCGCUGCCUGACUGCUCCACGGCUACGUCGGUUCUCAGCCAGUCCUGGACGGGAAGAAGCCCAACAGCUGGAACCGAGGAUCGAGUGAGUGAGGACAGAGCCCAAGCUGUCGUGCUGUCGCCCAGCGCCGCCAAGCCCAAGAGGAAGCCCGCUCCCGGUAAGCCGGGCUCAGUGUGCUCCAACGCGUCGGCUCCCUAUGAGAACCUCCCCUCCUCCUCCUCUCGCCCUCCUUCCGUGUCUUCCUCCACCGCCUCCUCCGCCCUGCUCCCUUCUUCCAACCCUUUGGAAAACCUCAACACCAACCGCAACAACUCCACCUGUCUCAACCAAACGCCACCUCCGCUGGCCCCGCCCCCUUUCUCCAGCCCUCUGGCCACGCCCAGCCCCGUCCCCUCCAUCCGAUUCAGAGAGACCCCCAUCCUGCGCCGGGCUCCUUGCACCGCGUCCUCCUCCGCCUCCACCAAGUACCAGACUCUCCCCACAGAGGAGGGAGGAAGGAGCCGGGCCAGGAGGAGGUACUCGUUGAGUGAAGGAGGCUCUAAGACUCACUCGUCCCAUCUGAGAGGAGGGGGAGCGCCAAAAUUAGGGCGCAUAAUGCGGAACAAAAGGAGCCAAUCAAUGAGCGGGAUGCUGCUCCAUAAAGACAAUGAGGAAGACUCAGAAAAAGGCCGCUGUGAUUCAGACUGGAUCCUAGAAAGCACGGUUUGAACCAGGACGUUAAAGAAACUGGUUUAUUCAUUAUCGUUUCUCUUUUGUAUGAGGCCACGUCUGAGGCUGUGUGUGUGUGUGUGUGUGUGUGCGUUAGAAUGUGUGUUUCCGGUGUGUACGCGUGUUGAUGUUAGUAGAGCGCCUGCCUGACUUGGAGUGCGUCCUGUAAACAUAAACCAUUUUUAUUUUUUCAUUUUUCAUAACUUUUUCUCCACAACCUUUUGUAUUCAGUUUACACGGUAUCUGUUUUACAGCAGGUGGAAUGAUUUGCCUUGUCUCGUAGCGUCCGAGUGGUCUCGUCGGUUCCACUUUAUAGCACAAAUGAAAACAAGACAGCCGGCUCGCCACGUCAUUUCCUGAGUCACACUCACCGAAUCUGAGAACACCACAAAAUGGGGAUUAUUACAGGAAAAAAAAGGAUAAUGUGAAAAAAAACAAUACAAAACUGAACAAAACACCACUGUUAUCAAUCACACACCCACAGUAAAUCUGUGUCCAUAACCGUGGCAAGAGAAUAGCAGUCUGUGCCUUCUUUUGCAGUAACAGACCUUCUGACAGAUGAUCUUACCAGACUUUGGACUCCACUACAGCUCCACGACUGAGAGACGGGGUGACCAGAGGAAGAGCGCGUUCACACAUAGCCUUUUACCUACUGAGGAGUGCAGAUGCAGACACGAACUGGGACGACAACAGCAAACUGAGAGAAACUCUAAAGGACCUCUAAUGAAAUUGCUAUUUUUUAAUGGGAAGAACAAACAAAAAGAUAAAAAUCUCGUGAGCUUUUCACUGCAGCCUGUGUGGGUCACAAGCUUCGGAUUCUGUACAGAAGAAGACAACAUGUACUGUGUUGUUAUGUUGUGUAAAAUAAAAAUGGAUAAAAACAACUGGAA